UGUCGUGAGUUUGCUUCUCGUUGAUAUAUGAAUCACUCCUCCACAGGAACUCGUAGAAGCACAUGCUCUACUGUUGCAUCCACGAUCAAUUCUCUGAUAGGACUUUCAAUAUGUUUUACACAUAGACGUGAGGAUGUUACGAUUUGGAGCGAUUCUGGGCCCGAGACAGCCCGUUAGGAAGCGGCGCUCGUGGAAUUACGAUGAACGUUUGAAAUAAUGACUUAAAUGGCUUAUUUUCAGUCAUUUAGACAUGUAGUUAGAUGUAGUAUUGUUGAUUGUUGUUGGGCUAGUUAUACAUGUACUAACAAUUCACGAUGUCAUUCUCAGAAUCUUCAAGUAUUAUCAACGAGCAUGAUUGUGACCCGCCCAAUCGGGCUCAUUCAGCACCCUCUGUAGCCGUCAUGGGAACUAGAAAUCAAGGUUCGCGUAGCAGCCAGGCUGCGCAAUACCAGGCCAUGCGCACAUUACGCAACGGCUUGGCCGCCACAGUGCCACAUAGUUUAUUAGCGUAUGAUAUCAAUUGCAGCCACCGGCCGAACCGGCGUUACACGCGACGCCAAUCGACGCUUCAACAGCACAAGGAAAAUAUGGAAUUACGCUGCUGCCGGAUUAACGUACUAUUGGUGACGAUGCAGACAUUCCUUGGAAUAACGAUAACUGCGCUUGGAUUCUACAUGCGCACACUGACGCUGUCGCUGCAAUACUACGAAUGUCCGUUUUGGGCGGGAAUCCCGCUCUCGUUAACAGGGACAAUUGGCAUGUAUCUUUGUGCAACUGACUUCAAGGCCUAUACAGGGAGCACCAAAAUGAUGGUUGUCAAGGCGGUGUGUUUCACCUUGUCUGCCAUCUGUAUGUUUGUGGCGAUUGUGGCUGCCGUUUUCGUCGGGAUUCACGGACAUCGCAUCGCUUCGUAUGACGAAUGCAAGUGGUACAACAAUUCCAAGAACACGAGCACGUGUGAAUGUACCAUAGACAAACUGGAUCCAGACGCCAGAAUUUAUAUCUACGAGGGCGUCCGGCGUUGCAAUUUGAUUUUCAGUAGCAUAAAAGAUUACUUGAUAUUAGAAUGUGCGUUGACCUCAGUAGCUAGCGGUGUAUCAGUGUGGUUUGUCAUAUUGUUAUGGAAAUCAAGAUAUCAAAAAUUUUCCGGGAGUUUACGACUUUAUUCCUAUAGUGGUGGACAGACGUCACAUCCUGUUGGCCAGAAUCCAUGUGCAUCGUUGAAUGCAUCUAAUGCUGAGGACCCAGAGCGGCGGCAUUCCUCAUUUCAAGUCCAGGGGGCGCUGCAAAAGAGACUUUUAGAGGAAUGCCGGCAGAAGGAACGAGAACAGUUUGGAUAUAGUCACAAUAGUGAGGAAACAUGAUGUUAGGCCCUUUUGUGUUUAGGGCUAUUAUGAUGUGCUUGGUACGUGGCUGGUUCAGGUAUGGCCAUAGAGAGAGGUCAAAGGUCGGUGCAAUAUCAGCAUACUACCAGGGUACCAUUGGACCCAUGACCUUGAAGGUCAAAGUGUUCAUCAGUUUUAGUAUUAAAACUGUUCUGAAAAUGACAGUGGGCCUCUCCUUCAAAAGGAGAAGUUGGACUGAACGGAUGACCUUCUUGUUGAAAUUAUGAAUUUGAUGAGCUGCAGCUAAAAUCAGUUUGUGCAGUUAUUUUGCUGUGAUCGCAGCAGUAAAGUUUCAGCCUUGAACUUUCAGGGUAAUAAUUUAGCCUUAUAGGUAUCAGGUGACCUUGAACUUUUGGACUCUUGGUUUCAACCUUGAAAGAGGCUGGGAUGACCUCAACUUCUGACUCUUUUUUCAAUGGGAAAUGGCUUAGUUUUACUGGAUUAUGUGGGAUCAAAGUAAUUUAAAAAACAAUUUGUUGGGAAUUCUUCAUUUCCCAAUAUUUGAUGCUGCUUAUCGACUUGUGAGAAUAUUCACUGAUGCUUCAAACUGUUCUGUGAUCCAUUUGUUAUUGUCUCAGGCCACACCAACUUAUGUCAUGGAUAGCAGAGGUGCCCACAUCACUGAAAGCGAACAGAAUUUGAAAUGAAAGCAGAAAGAGCUGGAGUAUACACUCUUAAAAAUAUGAAGGUUUUUUAGGGAAGGGUUUUUGACCAACACAGUUGCGUGUUUUGAGGAAAAUGAAAAAUCCAUUCAGGUUUAUAACUCAAAACCUUAAGGAAUUUUUCAGUUCUCUAAAAAACUUCUAGGGUGUAUAUUUUGGUUGGAUGAAACUCAAAAAUGUCAUUUUCAAGACUGUAGUCUGCUGAUCUCACAUGAAUUGGUGCGGCCUCAGGGUCUUUCGUUGUGUUUUGUGAGUCUUUGUGUCUGAAGUGUGAGUUUGAUGGGGGAUAGCAGUAUGUUAACCCCUGGAGAUAUUUCCCAGACAAUUCUGAUUGGAAAGCGACUACGAAUAACAAUCAGUCGUCAUGUUGUCAUGGCGAUGUCGCUGGUCACAGCAACAUAUAUCGCCAUUUCGGAAACUCUCAAGGGGGGGGGGUGGAUAUGUGGUGGACUUUUUAUGGCCAAAAAAUAGGCCCAUUGUUGUGAAAUUGUCCGAAAAUGAUACAGCUUUGACAUUAAUGAAUCUAUUUUCUACUAUUUUUGUUGUAUGUCAAUGCAUUAGACCCCCCCACCCUAGGUGUAGGUAUAUUCCCCUGUGGUGUCUCCAUCAUUUUCUCAGUCAUUACCCUGUUAGACCCAAGCAUUUACAAAGGAAGAGCCAAACAGUAAAAUGAGGUGACUUUGGCUCAAGUGGCCUUGGCAUACCAAUACACACCACUUUGAAUGUUUCUGCUCAGAUGCAAAGUUUCCAAAGUGAGGUCGGAAUUUUCUUUUUUUUUCAAUAAAAGUGAAAGCCCGGGGCGUGGAAGAUUAAUUAAAUACCAAAUUUUGUAGUAUGUCAUGUGAUGCUCCAAAGAAAGCAGGUUGAAUCGUUUUGGGAGAUUGAUAGGUAAACACUCUUAAACAACGAGUCAAGUCAUCCUGCAUGAUUUCGACAGUUUCCACCUUUUACUGUAAUGUUUUACCACCAUCACAAUAUUUUGUUUGACAUCUGAUGUAGUUAAAUGCACAAAGCAACACAAUUGGGUGUUUUUCAAGAGGUGGUGUCAUCCCACAAAGCUUUGGCUGUAAACAGAAACUUGGCAUAUUUUGAUCGGAUCUGGUUGCAGUACCAUAUGCAAGCACUCAAGGGAAUGUUAUCAACGGAGAUGCUUCCGGGAAGAAGUGUUUUAGGGAGCGUGUCAAAAUCCUUUGGAAGCAAAAAGGCCAACUCUUCAUCAAGUUGAAAAUGGCAUCAUGUGAUGUAACAGUAUGUCAUGGUAAUGACGUAUCUGAAAUUACCCAUGACGUCAGGGAGCACUUGAUUUGCAACGUGUCAGAAGUCGACUGGUCACGCAAAUGCAAUUUUAGAGUGAAAGACAUUGCUUCGGAGGUUAAAUGAUAGUGGAUAUUUCCAUUUAAGCAGAGAUCUGGUGGCACCAUCUUUUUUUAGAAGUUGUCCGUUGUGCGUCUUUAAUUGUUUUAUGUUGAUCCUGCUGUUAAUUAGCCCUAGGUAAAAAGGGAUUAGAUAAAAAUUAUUAACUAAGUAUUAUUUGCUGCCUCUCAACCACCAGAAGACCAAUGAGUGACAGGGGUGGAGAGGGCUACAGGCAGGAGCUAUGGGUUAUUGUCAGGUGACUAAUGCAAGUAUCAAUUCGUUUCUUGUACCCCCCUCCUCAAGGGUAGUUAAGCUAUCACCACAAAUCUUUGCCGAUGCUUGAGUAGUAUUUAUUUUUCCUUUAGUGAAAAUUUGGCGAAGCUGGAAAGAAUAAGGAUGCUAAUGUGUCGAUGUCUUGUCGAACAUACAGCCUUACCCAGUAAAAUUAGUCCAGUUACUUUAUAUGAUGGUGAUAACUGAUAUAUUGUUGAUGGUGAUGUCUUGACAAAAGAAAACGUAGCAUUGGUGAAAAAAGGGUGAUGCUUGAGCCUUAAGAUGUCGUUAUAGGGUGAUAAGGUGUCGUACCCUUGAGGAGGGGGGUACAAGACACGAAUUGAUACUUGCAUAAGAUGCACUGUAAGUGGACUCGGUCGAGUGUGAUUUAGCAUCAAAUAUAUUCCAGGUGUCAGAUGGAAGAUGCCCUCUAUUUGUGACAUUAGUUACUUAAUUUGACCUACCUGGCUCCUUCCUCUAGACUCCCUUUAAUUCUUUUUAUUUCAACACUGUUGAAGUGUCACUGUUAGAUCAAUAAAACUGCUAAUCCAUUUUGCCUGGGACGUCAUUUAUUACAAUAUUAGGUGGUCUUCCUUUUAUAUGUGGACAAUUUAUUUGUACUUGUAUUUCUGUGCUUUUACUGCUGGUUCCUUAUUCCCAGAAGGUAAAAAAAUAACCUUAACUUGCGCAGGUAAUUUCCAUUCCAAGCUGCUCUCAAUACCUGACUUGCCAUUACAUCAUACUAAGUGCAACAAAAAAGAUUAUUCACUUUUGAAUUUAAAAACUCCUGAAGCACGAAUUUAAAUUUUAGCUCACUUCCAGUUAGUUAACAACUGGGGCUAUUGACUUGAAAGUUAUUACAUAUGUAGGCCUAUUAUGAAACCUUGCAGACUAAAUUUCGGCCCGGUGCGAUUCCUAUCAAAAACAAUAUCCUGUCUGCGAGGGAGGUAACCACAAUGGCCCUGGCCAUUUCAUCGCCAAAUGUUUUGGUUUACAAAAAGUCUAGUGAUGGCAAUUACAGCAUCCCUGCAUAGAUUUUUUCAUAUUGUUCAGAAUUUUUGUUUCUCGAUAAUUACGAGUGUGGUUCCUCUGGUGCUGGCAAUGUCUGCCACCUGUAAUGAUAAUAGGAACUGAAAUUCCUAUGGUGUUGUUAAUUUCAGACUUCAUACUUGCGGCUACAUGAAGUUGUUUAUUUUAACAGAUUCGGUGAUUUAAUCCCCACUAUUGUUUUCUCUAGAAUAUCUUUAUUUGAUGUCAUCUUCCAAAAGAAGCAAAACUAUAGAAUCAUAUAUUCAAAAGGAGAUUAAAUUUCAUUGGUUUCAUUGUACUCCAUUUGUGUAUAAUUGUACAGAUAGUUUAGUGGUUAACGUAAAUGUCCCCUUCAGGAACUCUCUCAGUUAUUGUCUGAGAAUGUACUCAAGCUUUUAUAAUAAAAAGACUCUAGUCAUCUAAUAGUUAAUAGAUGAAAAUCACCCACCCUUUCAGAUUAAUGGCUAUAUGCUGCCCAUACCAUGACUAGACAAUAGUUAACAGUUAAGUCUUGUGCCGAAAGUUGAGUACUGUGGAAACCUUGUUGCCUAAAAAAUACUUUAAUCUUUUUAUUGAUCGUUGAUACCAGUUGUCUGUGCGUGUAUGUGUGUGUGAGUUUUCUAUGGUUUUAAAUGUAAAUAAAGUCCCACAGUCUUGUCAAA